AAAAACUUCUAUGAAGCAAAACUUAAGGGUGGGGUAUCCAUUUUUUCAACUACACUGUUUGGAAGUUAGUCGGGCCGAUGCCAACAACAAACAUCUAACCAGUCAGCAUUAGGGGGCGUAUGAUGGUUGUGGAGACAGAAUGAGCAAGAGGGAGAUUUGAAAAAAAAAAAAAAACACAGAAAGAAAAAUGAUGAGACAAUACAAAAGAGCUCAAAAGAAUAGCACUGGAAAUAAAGGUUUAUGACUGGGCAAGUGCUUUAGGACACGCGUUAAUAUUAGAAAAACUUUCCAGCGCUGGAGAGAGCUAAGCGGGAAGGCCUGAAAACAGAUGUGGAGGCUGCUUUGAACCUGCUUCUCAUGUGAGUAAAACUGGGUUUGAGUGUCAUGAUUGUCUGGAGCUGCUGUGCUGUUGGCGAUUGACAACAAACUCUUGUUUGUAUUUACUCUUGUGUACUGUAUGUUCAUUUUUUGUGCUUCCUUGUCGUUCGUUCAUCAACUGCGCUUUAUUUUUCGUGAAGCAUUUUGUUGCACGUCAGUUGUGAUAAACAGACACCCACUCUCGUAUUGCGUGUGUAACAGUGGCUAGGUAGCGAGAGUUGUGCAGGUAAACCACUGUACACUGACUAUCAUUAGAGAAUGUGGUGUUUAGCGUCAUUUAUAGCGCACUCGCCUCGCAUGCCAGAAGCGGACGGCUCGGGGUUCAAGACUGACUCGGAGCAGGGUGGUUAAGAUUGGAGAGUUAGUUUUGGAGGUGGAGCAAUGAAGAGAGGGGUGUGUUUUUUUGGGCUGAUUUCAAAUAUCAACAAUGUCCAACAGCGUUGUUGAAAAAAUGGAUACCCCACCUUUAAAAAUUUCCAGUCAAAUACGACCUAAGACUACCAGAGGAUUAAAGUCUUUCUUUACUGCAGUUCUUUUUUUUUUAUCCUGUUACAAAAUAUAUUCCUUUUUUUUUCUAGAUGCAACAGAUGAAAUGAGGACAGUAUCAUUGACGGAGGGAAAUUCUGUCACUUUACACACCGAUGCUAAUAAGGUACAGAAAUAUAUGUUGAUACAGUGGAGGUUUGGAAGCACAAGAAUAGCUGAAGUCAGCAAGCUCACGCAAACCAACUCGACAUAUGAUGGUCCUGCGGAGAGAUUCAGAGACAGACUGAAAUUGGAUCAGAAUGGAUCUCUGACCAUCACAAACACCAGAACCACAGACUCUGGACUUUAUACAGUAACAGUUAUCAGCAAAGAGACCAGCUACGUGAGUUUCAAUCUUACAGUCAAUGAAUCUCCACAAAGUACCUCAUCUUUAGAAAGAUCAUCAAGCUCCAAUUUUUUGUCAACCAGCUGUGUGGUAAAUAAUUUAACCAUAAACCAGACUGAGCAUGCUAACAUUACCGAACUAAAUCAGCCAAGUUCAGACCACAUCCACUGUUGUGGUUUUGUUGAAACUGUGAUUCGAUUGGUUCUCUCUGCUCUGGUGGGCAUGGCUACUGUUGCUUUUCUGGUUUAUGACAUGAGAUCUACAAGAAGUGAGCUGAUCAGACCAGAAAAGACGAGGCAUCACUGUCAGACUCACAGACUAAAAUCAGACCGUCAGUAUGAAAUGAGCAGAAGUUUUAGUUCCAGAUAUGUUUGUUGAAGUUUGCUGGUAUAUUCCCCAAGAUAGAUAAAACACGCAUUAAUAUUUCCUGUACUUGCAUUGGUAUUUAUUAAUAUACAUUUUUUUUCAUUCAUUGGCCAUUUAUUGAUUGCAUAUGCUCAGAAUAUGAUUUUGAUUGAUCUAUUAAGUGUGUUAAUGAUUCCAUAAGCUCAAAGUUCUCUUGCACCCUUUAAAUGGCUCUCGGGGGAAGGUGACUUUCAAUA